AUGGAUGGGAUUUGGAUAGACUCAAAAGGAGGCUUUGACAUGAAGAAUCCUUUCUUUAUAUUGAAUUUACUCAAUUCUUGUCAAACUCUAAAAUUCUGGCAUUGUCGAUAUGAUGAUGAAGUGAAUGGAAAUAUUGAAAAAGAUCUAGAAAUAUUUGCUCGAAAAUUCUCCAAUCUCCGAGCAGUUUCCUCAUUCGAAAUGGCGAUUAACCUGUCUUUUGCUCAAAAAUUCAUCGAUGAUUUCUAUUUGAAUGUUGUUGAGAAUUUUACUUUGGAUUUUCGUGGAAAAGACAUGAGCUCAACUCAAUACGAAACAAAUGCAUAUUCGAUUGAAAUAGAAGAUUUCGAGAAAAUCCUUUUCAAACCGAACAUUCGAUCAGCUAAAGUCAAGCAAUUUUACACCCCGAAAAGUGAGAUUCUUUACGAAGUGCUGAAGAAAAUCAAUACAGAUUUGGUACUUUUCGAUAAAAACUUUGAUUUGGAUGAUUUCAAAUGUUUAAAGUCGGUCUUAAAAGAAAUCCCUAGUCAAAAUCCUGAUCGAAAAGCGAUUCUGAUUCAAGGGAAACUCUGUGAAAACGAAACUUUUGACGAAGUUUGUCAAAAUGUUUGCAAUUCAAUCAAUUCGCUUUUAAAUGUUGAAGAAUUGAGCUUUAAUGACAAUUCCCAAAUCUAUGAUCAACUAAAGAAAGACUUUGAUUUGAAAUAUUUUGAAUAUUUUGAGAAAAUCUACCUUUCUCCGGAAACGAUUGUUGAUUUUCAUGGAGAGAACAAGCGAAAGCUUUAUCGAUUGAAAAAUUCGGCUGGGAAAUUUGUUGUCCUUUAUAUUAUGUUUAUUUGUAAUCGAGUCAGUUGGAAAUUUAUGGCUUUUAUAAAAGAAAUU